CACGCGACCCGGGGACCGAGCGGCCGGUGGGUCUGUCGGUGUACCGGAGAGAGACACCGGAUAAACGCCAUUUUGUGUGAAAGCUGAGCAGCAGGCCGCCAUUUAACACCAACACCGAGUUUUACCGGGACUGUCGGCCGCACACCGACACCCGGGACCCCGGUACUUCGGUACCCUGUCCCCACCGGCACCGAGCCGCCGCUUCAGGCGGCACCGGGCCGCUGAGUCCGGCGAAGGCGGUUUAUCCGCCGGUAGCGGCUUCGGUGUUUAUGUUUAAUUAGCAUGUUAGCUCCCUGAGGCUAACUGCUGCAGACGGCAGCCGGUAUACCGACAGAGAGCCCCGGUACACCGGCAGCCUCCUCCCGGUCCACAGUUAGAACGGUUCGGUCCGGGUCAGCAGGAAACCAGAGCUAACCGUGCUGCUGCUAGCCCGUUAGCCUAGCUCCCGUCAGCCCUGUUUAUUAAAUGAGCUGCGGUCCGAACCGGAACCCGGUGCCCGUUAACGGCCAGGCUCCCGGUUCGGACCGGACUGUGGAGGACUGCUGAGUCCCGGCUGGUGUCGGUCAGUACCAGUCCGCCUCUCCGCUGCCGGUCCCUCCGUUCAGUCCUCUGGAAGCGUGCACACGCUCCCGUGCGCGUGUCCGCGGUAGAAGAGAUGGCAGAGACGGUGAAGUACGUGGACGACGAGCACAAGAGCAUCUUCCUGAAGCUGCUGAACGAGCAGCGGCUAGAGGGCGAGCACUGCGACAUCGCCGUGGUGGUCGAGGACGUCAAGUUCCGCGCUCACCGCUGCGUGCUCGCCGCCUGCUCCAACUACUUCAAGAAACUCUUCAAGAAACACGAGGUGGACAACUCGUCGGUGAUAGAAAUCGACUUCAUCCGCUCUGACAUCUUCGAGGAGGUGUUGAACUACAUGUACACGGCCAAGAUCUCCGUCAAGAAGAGAGACGUCAACCUGAUGAUGUCCUCAGGACAGAUCCUCGGCAUCCGCUUCCUCGACAAACUCUGCACUCAGAAACGAGACGUGUCCUCAGAAGAUAAAGAGAAGUUUCCGUAUGACAUCGUGAAGAUGGCGCUGCCGCCGGAGGCUCAGCUGGCUGCCGACUCAGAGGUGCUCGGCGAACACGAUGACACGCCCACCACAGAUGACCUCGUGGAGGCGUCGGCCAAUCAGGAGCUGGACAAGUCUCCAAGCGCGGCGCUGCGUGUGCAGGAGGCCAUCUUGAAAGAACUGACCAAUGAGGAUGUGCACAAGGUGACCUGCUAUGACCAGGACGUGGUGACGGAGAUGGAGGCGGAGCCUAAGGAGCUGGGGGCGGAGCAUCAUGCCACCCAGACGCUGACGUUUGCUGACAGUAUGGGGGAGGUGAAGGACGAGCAGCCACCGGGUUGGUCCACCGCCACCACCGACAUGAAGUUCGAAUACCUGCUGUACGGACACAGAGAGCAGCUCGCCUGCCAGGUGUGUGGGAAGACCUUCCUGGACGAAAGCAGACUCAGGAAACACGAGAAGCUCCAUUCAGCAGAGCGUCCGUUCGCCUGUGAGAUCUGCACCAAAGCUUUCACCACCCACGCUCACCUGAAAGAACACCUGAAGAUCCACACAGGCUUCAAACCGUACAGGUGUGACGUUUGUGGAAAAUCCUUCAUUCGAGCUCCAGACCUGAAAAAACAUGAACGAGUUCACAGCAACGAGCGGCCGUUUGCCUGCCAGAUGUGUGACAAGGCGUUUAAACACAAGUCUCACCUGAAGGACCAUGAGAGGAGACACAGAGGAGAGAAACCUUUCGUCUGUCCGUCCUGCACCAAAGCCUUCGCCAAGGCGUCCGACCUGAAGCGUCAUGAGAACAACAUGCACAGCGAGAGGAAGCAGCUGAACCCGCUGCAGAGCGACACGGAGACGCUGCAGGCCGCCGCCAUGGCUGCUGAGGAGCAACAUCUGGACUCCAUCAGCUGCUCCUAACAUCUGGACUCCAUCAGCUGCUCCUAACAUCUGGACUCCAUCAGCUGCUCCCUAACAU